AUGACGUCUCUGGUGGUGACGGCGACUACUUCGGUGGAGGAGACAGAAUCGUCGACUACGAGCACGACGAAGACGGUAAUCUCGGUGCCAUCGUCGGUUGUGUCGGUGGCUUCCAUUUUGCCACUGGAGCCUGAGACCACCGAGAUCGUGUCCAUUUCCCUGCAAAUCCGUCGAGCCCUGGAAUGCCCAAUAUGUCUGACCAUGAUGUCUGCCAUGUCGUGCUUCUGCUCCAAUGGGCACGCCAUCUGCCAAUCAUGCAUGCUGUCGCUGUUGAACACUAGCACCACCAACACCCUGUGCCCGCUGUGCCGGACGUCGAUGGUGCAGUCCGUGAGCAUGUCGGUCAUGAUAAUUAAACUGGCUGAGGUGACCACGUUGGUGAAGGUGGCGUGCUCAAACUGGUCUUUUGGGUGCCCUGAUAUGGUUCCUGUUAGAUACGUUACCGAACACGAGUCCGUGUGUCGGUACGUGCCAGAUGUGCCGUGUCUGGUACAUAUGUGUCAGUGGGUCGGCAUGUACGGACAGCUGUACGAACACGUGUCCAACGUGCACCCUGGUGUUACCGUUGAGUCUUCGAUAAACCGGUUGAACGUGAACGACCUCCACACAAUUACUAGGAACCAGCGCAGGACGUACCUGGUCCGUUCGGAGUCCGGCAUGAUGUGGGUGCUGGUGUCGCGGGGAAUGCGGUUCCGGCUCCAGAUGAGACUGUUCAUGGUGAAGGGACACUCGACAUCUAACCUCAACCAAUAUCGAGCUAACCCACGACUACCGGAAUUAUUGUACCGGGUCACGUGGUUCGAUGGUAACAACCGGACCCGGGCCAAGAGCCUUACGAAGCAGGUGUUCUGGAGUACAUCCCUGAAAAAGGGCUGCCACACCACGUUCUUUCCCUUCACGUACUCCAUGUUCCAGCCCAAUUCGGGUCGCAUGGAGAUCAGUUGGUUCCAUCGUUACGAUUUCAACAGCCAGGUACGAAACCAUCCAUCCUCGACUUGA